GGCCCAGCCUGAGACUGGGCUGCGUUUACCCUGCGGCUGCGUUUCCUUCUCCCGUUCUCCUCGGCGGCCCUUGCGGGCGCUCUCCCUGUCGUCUCUUCUCUAGUGCCGACGGCUGGGCCACCGCCGCCGCCAUACGCAGGUAUCCAUCUUCGGACCCUUCGCCGGCGACGACCGCCCACCACCAGUGAAAACUUCAACCCAGGAAUGGCGAUGUCUUGGACAAGAGGGUUAAAGCAUGGCGUUGUUCCGAGGCAUGCCGCUCAAUUGAUAGAGAGUAGAAGCCUUGCAAUUGCAAGCAAGGGAAAGAAGGGUGGAAAGGGCGGUGCGGCUGAUGCUGCCAAAACUCCUGCGCUCAGCCAAGAGCUUAAGAGUACAACAGUGUUUGGGGCAAACAUCCUCAAGGAGGGUUCUGAUCCAAAAAUUCAACCAGACUCUGAGUAUCCUGACUGGCUGUGGCACAUGCUCAACAAGCGUCCUGUGCUGAGUGAGCUGCGGAGGAAAGAUCCCAAGACACUCCCUUAUGAAGACCUGAAGCGUUUUGUCAAGUUGGACAACCGAUCUAGGAUCAAGGAAAAGAAUGCCCUCACUGCUAAGAACUGACCUGGAGUCUCAGGACGAAACAGGCCCUGUUCUACUGUUCUUUUUAUUCAUAUAGUGCUAGACGACAUGAACAAUUUUUCUGUGGGUUUUGGCAAUAACAUAGUGACCUGGGAUGUUAAAAUGUUUUGAUUUGCUUUGGUUUGGUACUAUUUUAGGCAGCUUACGACACUGGCAUGCUUUUGUUUCUUCCAUUCCAUCUUGGGAAGAUGCAGCUUAUGCUGCCUGUGCUCCGUACUUAGCAAAUUAUCAAGUUCCAUGGCUCUGCAGCAUUAUCUGGCGUCCCAGGAUACGAUUCAUGGUUGAUAUAUCUUUCAUUUCAUCUGAAUCUUUCUGGGUUAUUGUAAAUUUGUUGAAUUUGGAUGGAAGCCUGCGUUAAUUGGGUCUUA